AUUAUUAUUCCGUCUUUGUUUUUAUUCCUGAUAAGUAAAAAAUGUAAAUCAACAAAAUCAAAUAAGUGAUUGUAAAAUGGUUCUAUGUGAUAGUUUUGGCAGAAAAAGUAAAGAGAGUGUGUAACAGCGAGUGUAACGCAGCGAGGUGUGUUAAUGUCAGCAGUGUGUCGAGUCUCAUGAUGUCUGAAAUCCUCCGCAGAGAAAAACUCAUUCAGACUGAAAUCAGCUCUAAUUAGCUGAAAACAAGAACACAUUGUGGAGAUUAGAGAUGUGUGUGUGUGUGUGUGUGUGUGUGUGUUAGUGUGUGUGUGUGUGUGUGUGUGUGUGUGUGUGUGUUACCAUGCAUGUGACAGCGGCUGGCGGUCUGCAGGACUGAGCAGCGAACGGAUCGGUGGCUCCUGGAGCAGCAGCUCACAUCCUGACGCCCACACAGCGAGAGAGAACUCAGGUAAGUUUGUUUCCUCUGCUGUCUGCGGGUUGCUGUGACCUCUGACCUUUGACCUUCUUAUUGCUGAUUGUGAUUUCGUAUUUUUCUGUUUUCCUACAAAGGUUUUUCUAAUCCUCUUAAAGGUUUGUUUUCUGCUUGUAGACACAGCAGGUAGAACAAAAGAGAAACACAGAAUUUCAACUGUUGUUUUAUAUUAUUAUGCAAGUUUACAGUAAUUUGCAUGAUUUAAUGAACUUUUUCAUUAAAAUGUAACAAAUUCUUGUUUCUACCGGUGUCUGUUAGCUUUAUGAUCACUGUCUUCUCACCUUGUUUUUAUUCAGCAACUGGUUCCCUGCUUUAUAUUCCAAUUUCAAACUUUACUUUUAAUAAUAUCCUCAAUUUUCAUCAAUAUACGAACAUCAGAGUCAUAUAAAUAAUGCAAUCAGACUACAGGUUUAUGUUGUGGCCGCCAGUUUGAAUUAUUUCAACUUUACUUCUGAGAGAUCUGAUUUUUUUCUGUUGGUUUGUUUCUAUAUACUACAUUACCCAUGAGCCUCAGCUGCUGUUGCUAUGGAGAAGAAGCCAGUCAGAGGUGUAAAUAUUCUGAAUGUUUCAUCAUCAACUGUGCACCUGUCUGACCCCCUAUAUCAGCGGUUUUCAAACUGUUUCACGUCAAGGAAAUUAGACCACGGACCCCCGUCUGAUAAGAUUUUUGCUUUUAUUACAGAAAGUGUAUGAAACCCAUGACCAAAAUAACCCUACAUUCUGUCAUUGUGUUAAUUAUGGAUGGAAUCCUGUGGUGGAUAUUUCUGAGUGAUGGUCACCACUUCAGUGGAGAGAAGCACACACAAGCCUUUGAUGUCUUAUUGCUGAGAAUGUUUAUUGAAGUUACUUGAUCAAGGAGAACUGUAAACAUCCAAGUUGGUGUAACUCAGAUGCUGUCUCUUCCCGCUCUGCCCUCUGACAGUCUGAGUGUUAGUAUUUAACCCAAGCAGAUCUGACUAUGAUAUGAUCAGUCUACUCGGUUCACUAGUUUCUAUCUGGUUACACAUUCCACCCAUCUUUGUUGUCUAGAAGAGUCCUCUCUGGCCUUGGCCUACCAUGGCAGUGCUGAUAUACUCUUCAUCAGAGAGGUUUCUGCUCUCACCAAAACAUCACAGACAGCUGACGUCUUGAGGAGAGAUUAAGAAUUACAGCGUGACCUCAAGACGUCCUCUUGACCUGAUGUAACUCCAACCUGUAACCCCUAAAGAUGGAAAAUUCCAUAACAAAUCCUAGUGAAAAUAAAUGAUUCCCCUUUUUGCUGGGGAGCCCCUGGCUCAUCUCUCUAACAUCUCUCUAACCCCCUACACACACAUCUGUCUCUAACACACCUGUCUAAUCAACUUCGCACUCUAACCACCAACCCACCUGUCUAACACACCUGUGUAACUCCCACCCCACCAUCAAACUAACCGACACACAUGUAUAACCACAAACACACCCACAGACCCACCUGGUAAACUACCUACCUGGGCAAUCAAAACACUUGUCUGUUCUCCUACUCACCUGCUAAAAUACAUACCUAGCUGUUAAAUCUCCUACCUACCUGUAUAACCACCAACACACCUGUCUAACUUCCUAUACACCUGUCAUACCAUCUAUCUGUUAAACCAUCUGUAUGCAUUAAAGCACCUACUUACCUGUCUAACCCAAAACUCACCUGCUCACAUGAUUUUAAGAUUUCUUUUAACAAUUUCAGUUUCAUACAGAUCAAGACUCGUCCUCUCCCAUCAUGCCUCGGGUGUCGUUCGCCCUUCCCUCGCUGUCCCUUACCUUCCUCCCCCCGCUGGCCCGCCUCCUGCCAUCCCUGCCCGCCACUGUGCGGGACGUGGACGUGCCCCCUCUGUUUCGGGAGCGCUUCAUCCUGUCAGGGUACCGUCCUGUGGGCCUGACAUGGCCUUGCUACGUCCUCAGCCUCUUCCAGAUCCACAACGAGACAGUGAACGUGUGGAGCCACCUGCUGGCCGCCGCCUGUGUGGUCGCCAGGUUCCUGUUGUUCAUGGGUCCUGAAGGUCAGGGGUUUUCUGUGGACGCCUCCUCGCUGCCUCUGGUCCUCUAUGUCUUCUCUGCCGUCACAUACCUGAGCUGCAGCGCUGCGGCUCACCUGCUGCAGUCUCACUCGGAGCAGGCGCAUUACUCGCUCUUCUUCCUGGACUACAUGGGCGUGGGCGUCUACCAGUAUGGCUGCGCUCUGGCUCUGUGCCUGUACAGCUCGGACGCCGCCUGGACACAAAGCAUGCUGGGACAGAUCUUUCUCCCGGCCGCCGCCCUUCUCGCCUGGUUCUCCUGCUCCACCUGCUGUUAUGCAAAGCUUCGUUUCCGGCGGCCGUACCCACUCCACAGGAAGCUCUACCAGGUGGUCCCGAUGGGCGUGGCCUACAUACUGGACAUCAGCCCUGUCGCCCACCGCCUCGCCACCCAAAGCUGGACCAGCAACUCUGCACUCCCACUGCAUGGCCUGCAGGUGGUGCUGUUUCUGCUGUCCGCCUUCUUCUUCUCUUGCCCCAUACCUGAGCGUUUCUCCCCCGGCCGCUAUGACAUCAUCGGCCAUGGCCACCAGCUCUUCCACCUCCUUCUGUCCUUCUGCACGCUGGCCCAGCAGGAAGCGCUGUUCCGGGACUUCCUGUGGAGGCGGCCAGCGCUGGUCAGAGAGUUCGGAGAGGAGCACCUCCUGCUGGCCUGUGCCUCCUUCCCCUGCCUGAUGCUCUGCUGCGUGAUGACGGCGCUUGCCAUGAGGCGGCGAGCUAAAAAACAACUGAUGAAAGAGCAAAGAUAGAAGAAGAAGAGGAAGAUGUGACUUCAUGGACACAAACUGCUGAGGGAUUUAUUUUAUAUUGCAGAGACAUUUCUUCGGACAAUCAUGAGGUUUUUGUGGGCUCAAACAGCAGAGCGUCUCAGUGUUUAUUCUGUCUGUCAAUGAGUAACCCUGCAGCAGGAGAAGCUUCGUACGUACAGUAUUUGAGCCUGAAGUCACAGCUGUUUGUACGUACAUGGACACAGGAGUCAGUGACGAUGGUUAAACUGCUUCGGUCUUCGCUCAGCUGGAACUGAAAGAACGAG